UGACACGGUUUACAAGUGAACUCUGUGCUGGGGUCCAUACAGUUUGAGGUCUGGCUGGGCUCUAGACAGUUUGAGGUCUGGCUGGGCUCUAACUUUGCAUACUUACCAGAUCAUUCAAACUGCCCUCUUUCAGCCCCCAUGGCCACUACUAUCACAGACUCACAGAAGCCUUUCUCUUUGGACCCCUACCAUGUCUCUGAGGAAUUUGGCUUCAUCCUCCCUGCACCCCUGAUGCCCCUGCUGAACACCCAACUCCUGGAGAGCCACAGAGAGCUGCGUCUGGCCCACUUGGCCCUGAGUGUGAUGACCAUGGGUUACGUGUGGCAGGAGGGGGAGGAUGACACAGUCAAGAUGCUUCCCCGCAACCUGGCCAUUCCAUACUGUGAGGUGUCUCAGCGCCUAGGACUUCCUCCCAUCCUUACCCAUGCAGAUGCAGUACUGGCUAACUGGAGGAAGAGGGAUCCACAGGGACUGUUUGACAUGGAGAACUUGGAACUGCUUGUCACGCUACCUGGUGGGGACAGUGUGAGAGGGUUCUUCAUGGUCACUCUGCAAGUGGAGCUGGCUGCAGUGCCAGCCAUUAAGAGUAUUCCUUUGGUUAUUAAUGGGGUCCAGCGCGGUGAUGCUGAGACUGUAACCAGAGCACUAGAGGAAUUCAGCCAGGCCAUACAGGGCAUGACAGAUGCACUUAAACUGAUGCAUGUGUAUGUCAAACCAGAAGUCUUCUAUGGCAUUAUGAGGAUCUAUCUGUCUGGGUGGAAAGACAACUCCUCCAUGCCAGCUGGGUUGGUGUAUGAGGGCGUCCAGGCUGAGCCUAUGGAGUAUUCUGGUGGGAGUGCUGCCCAGAGCAGUCUGCUGCACUGCUUUGAUGAGCUGCUGGGUGUCAAACAUGAAGCAAUGAGUGGUGCCUUUCUGACCCGUAUGAGGAACUACAUGCCCCCUUCCCACAAGCGUCUGAUCCAGGACAUCUCUCUGCAGCCCUCCCUGCGAGGCUUUGUCCAGCAGCAGGCCUGUGAGCCGCUAACCGCAGCCUUCCAGCUCUGUGUGACCAAGCUGCUUGCCCUCCGUAGCUACCACAUCAACGUGGUCAGCCGCUUCAUCACUGUGCCCGCUGCCCGUGCCCGACAGCUCCGAAACCAGGGGAACAUUUCCCAGGAAGAGACUGUCAGCAGGGCGCCCACGGCACUGGAGGAGAAGGGCACCGGCGGCUCGGGCAUCAUGAACUUCCUAAAGACUGUAAGGGACUGCACACGGGAUGUCUUUAAUCUAAAAUAGAAUGUAAAAUAUGUAUCAGUCCAGACCGACUGUGCUCAUACCACAAUCCCCAAUUCCUGCAUGAGGGUCAGACGCCUUGACUUUUUCUACAUUUUGUUAUGUUUAAGUAUUAUUCUAGAAUUGAUUAAAUAGCCUUAUGUUUUCAUCUUCUGUUUGACGAUAAUAGGAUGGACGAAAGCAUCACACCAAAUUCCAUCAGAGACAUGCCAUGAGACAUAAAGUGUUCAGGAAAAACGGG